AUGAAGACCAAGUGCUGCAGUCAAUCUGUGUUUUGCUCCAAGGCAACCAUCUACACCUUUCUGCUUGGAGGAGUGUAUAUUGCGUUGGGCUCAAGUCGAAUCCUCCUGAUGAAGUAUUCUGCCAAUGAAGAGAACAAAUAUGAUUACCUUCCUACAACAGUGAACAUAUGUUCUGAAGUAGUAAAACUGGUCCUGUGUGUGGUAUUGGCGCUAUGGGUUAAGAAAAAAGAGGGUUGUUUGGAUCAUCCCUUUGAAUGUCUUUCCUGGAAGAAUUUUUGUAAUUCCAUGAAAUGGUCAAUUCCUGCCUUUCUUUACUUUUUGGAUAACUUGAUUGUCUUCUACGUACUGUCCUACCUCCAGCCAGCAAUGGCUGUACUCUUCUCAAAUUUCGUCAUUAUAACAACAGCUCUUCUCUUCAGGAUAGUGCUAAAGCGAAAAUUCUCUUGGGUGCAAUGGGCGUCUCUGGUGAUUUUAUUCCUGUCCAUCGUUGCCCUGACUCUAGGAACUGGAGGCCAUCAGCAAAGCUUGGCUGCACACGGAUUCCAUCACAGUAUGUUUUUUAGUCCAUCUAACCACUGCCUUCUCUAUGCCGGACCUGAGGAAGCAUGCCUGGAAAAGGGCAACUGCGAAGCACCAAGUUUCCUUCCCAGCUUCCAGUGGAAUGUCACCAGUACCAUGGCAGGAGCAUUGAAACCUCUCCGCCUCAGCCUGGGCCAUCUGCUUAUUCUAGUGCAGUGUUUCAUUUCUGCCUUGGCUAACAUCUACAAUGAAAAGAUCUUGAAAGAUGGGGAUCAGCUUGCUGAAAGCAUUUUCAUGCAGAACAGCAAGCUCUAUGCCUUUGGGGUGCUGUUCAAUGGGCUUAUGCUGGGGCUGCGGGCUAAGGACCGGAGGCAGAUAGGGAAUUGUGGCUUCUUUUAUGGGCACAACAUCUUCUCGGUGGCUCUCAUAUUUGUCACAGCUUUCCUGGGGCUGUCUGUAGCCUUCAUCUUGAAGUUCAGAGACAAUAUGUUCCAUGUUAUGACUGCUCAGAUCACCACUGUCAUCAUCACCACCGCCUCUUUCGUCAUCUUUGACUUCAGGCCUUCUCUAGAGUUCUUUUUAGAAGCUCCUGUAGUGCUUCUCUCCAUAUUCAUCUAUAAUGCCAGUAAACCAAGAGGCCUGGAAUAUGCCACUCUGCGGGAAAGGAGCAAACUUGUCAAAGGAGAUGCAUGGGAGAGAUCAAGUGGGGAUGGAGAAGAAUUUGAGAGACUGAAUAAACCAAGCAGUGACAUCGAUACGGAUGAAGAUUCCCUCUAGCACGAGGCUGGUUCAGAGGAGCACUAUUACUCAUAGCGAGAGAAUGUUAAUGUUUUAUUAACAUAGAGAAGGGUAAUUUUUCCCCACUUGCAGAGCAAUUGGGACUAUUUUGGGGCUAGAUGUCCGAGGUGGAUAAGGAAAACGUUCAAGCCCUAUAUAUGGAGAGUGGUAUUGCCUCUUCCUAUCCAUGUAAAUCAGGAGUACAAAAUCUGCUGAAAGAAACAAAAUUUGUAACUGAUGCAAACAAGAAGAGGCUUGGACCCUGGACUCAGUGGUCUGGGUGACGUGCUGCAUUGUGGAAGGCAGUCCUGGACUCUAACCGUAUUGUCUUUCACUGCUUUGGUUGACUGUCCCGAGUCACUGCAGCUUCCUGUAUGAAUUCCUUUGUUAGCAAAGCAGAGAGAAAACUGUUCUCCAUCUUGCAGAAGUGAUAUGAGCGUUGAUUAACAUUUUUGCUGCAUCUUCCAAUGUACAAAUGCUCCAGUAAAAGUUUUCUUUUCAGGACUUAAGAUGUUACUAAUAACCUCAUAAGUAAUGGGGCAUAUUGACUGUUUUAUUGUAUUUUGGCAAUUUGGAUUGACAUAUCCCUAGCUGAGUAAUAGAGUCGCUCUGAGCCAACCUCAUCAAACUUUCACUUGAGAAUGUAUAAUAAAUCAAAUAAUUUGGGUUAAGGAUAUGUUGAUCCUUCAAACAGGCAGAUCUCUAGAGUGUGAUUUGAGUUUGAAUGGUCUUAAUUCUGUCUUCAUUCCUGUUUUUACAUGUGUAACUCUGUACUGACUCCUGUGGAGUCCUUUCUUUCUGAUUUUCUGUGAUGUGACUGAGCAGAAUAGAUUUCACUGACUUCAGCCACUAGUUCUCCUCACAUUUUCAGUGUGAGACUGUUGUGUGCCUGCCUCCCAGUGUCUGGGGAAAUGGAAAUCUGGAAUGCCUUUGUAGCAGAUAGUGAAUUUUACAUGCAACUUAUGUGGCCUAACUUUGAAAGAGCUUGAAUAAAACAAAAGUGUGUUAUACAG